AUGUACAAUGAACUCUCACCAACAGACACUUCACGUAAUCUGGAGAUACCAAAGUGGGCAUCUGACUUGCCUCCUGGAAAUGCCACCAUGCAUGUAGUCGACCCAAAUGGAGACACCACCUGGGAGUUUAUAUGUUCCACAAGGAGCAGCGGUCGACGCUCGAUGACAUAUCAGUGGAUUGAUUUUGCAAAGAAGAAGAAACUUAGGCCCGGUGACAUACUCCGAUUCUAUCGUUUGUCAAAUGGAGAUGGGUAUUUCAUGGAGCUUGAGCGCCACAGCAUCCGACUCUUUGGUGUGACCAUGUGCAUCAGCUGA